AUGGCUUCAGUAGGAGCAUCUGCAGCGCUGGGAGCGGAUGUGACCCUGAAGCCCGGUGCCCCCAUCACUCCUUUCACAGCACAGCCCUUUCCCCUGCCCACUACUAGCCCUGCACACCGGCCACCUUGGGAGCAGCACCUGCCGCCCCUCAAGACCCCGUCAUUCCCUCCUGGCCGCCCCCUGGUGCUGCCCGCUUUGCCCAGGACACCUCUGGUGGCAGGAGAUGCGGGUCAAGGCCCCGUUGGGCCUGGGGCUUGUAACAUCAUGGACCAGGUCAGGUCAGAAGGGGGACGACCACAGCCCUCCCAGACUCAGACCAUUGUCCUGACUCAGGCCCCCCUCAACGGGAGUGCUCCAGGUGCCAUCUGUGGGGGUUCUGUGUGUCCUGCACCCCUCUUCUUGGAAGCCACUGCGGUGGAGAUGAUUAUGCCCCCCUCGGCUUUUGGGGGCACCCCGGCCGGCGAUGGAGGCUGGCAUCCUGGCCUUCCUCCUCAAGCUCCACCACCAGCUGCCCAGCUGGCCCCCAGCGUCCCCCGAGUGGAUCCUGGACCACGGCCACACACGGCUUCCAAGGAGGGGGGCCUGGCCACCUCCCAGUCCAAGGCCUCCCUGGAUGACGCCUGUAACCCCAAGAGUGUGUAUGAGGACUUCCGUCGUUGGCAGUGCUUCAAGGCCCUGGCCCGGGGGCACCUUCCCCAGAGUCCUGAUGCGGGAGCUCUUUGCUGCUUCCUCAUGCCAGCGCUCCGGUCCCUGUCCCACCUGAGGCCCACCAUGACGCUGGAGGAGGGAAUAGGGCAGGCCAUGCAGGAAUGGCAGAACAAGAGCAACUUUGACCGGAGGGUCUAUUUCGAGAUGGCAGAAAAGUUCAUGGAGUUUGAGGCGGGGGAGCAGAUGCAGUUUCAGAAGUUGCAGUUGAAGAAGGGGGCGCAGACCCAGCCCCUUCCUGCCCCACUGAGACCUGAUCCUCCGGGGCCCCCAGCCCCAGCGGUUGGCAGGCAGCCAGCGCGCAAUACCAGGAAGGCUGUACCCAGCGCCCAGUGCGCCCACACAGCCCCGCUGCCCCAGGAGACUGAGUCCCGCAAUGGGAUCCCUCCUGAGGCCGAGCAAGAGGACAUGGACAUCAUGGAUGAGCCGCCCAUGGGGGCGCCAGGUGGAGGAUGGGAAGAUGAAGAAAUGGAGUGGCUGCAGGAUGAAGAUCUCCUGAGCUACCUGGACCAGCUGUGCUCCCAGGAAGACUUUGUCACCCAGGUGGAGGAAGUCAUUGACCUCCAAUUCAUGGAACAAAUAAUUUCGCCAGACGCACAACAGGAUCCCUUGGCCCUAGCUGAGGAGUUGGAGCAGGAAGAAGGGCUUACUGCUGCCCAGCUGGUAGAGAAGCGAGUCCUGGCCUCCAAGGAGGGGGGCGUGCAGGCACCCCCGAGUCACGGUGCUCCCCUGUGGGACUCAAGUCCUUCUGAGUCUGCGACCAGCCAAGAUGCCCAGAGACAUGACCGUGGCCCCCAGCUGGGGGUCAGUGACAAAGCCCGCCCACCAGAGACUGACUUCAAGGACCAGCAAAGGUGUGUGGGGAACCAGCUGUUGUUCGUCUUUGCCCCUCUUUCCAGUCUCAACGUGGCUUCUGCUUUAGAUCAUGUUAUAGAAGUUCUCUUCAGCUAG